AUGGCUUUAUUACUCCGUUUCUCUCGAUCUUCUCGUUAUCUUCAACCCUUGCAUCAGCACAUCUCACUCACACUCUCUCAAUCCAUUUCCCCUCAUCUAACAAAUCCCCCACCUCCAAAACCUAGUUUAAACCACUAUUACUCUGACCAAAGACAAAAUCACGAAUUUUACAUUCCUAAUUUUGAUAACUCCAAGUUUAAAUACUUUAAUUUGAUUAGAUUAGGCCAGAGUUGUGGCAUUUCCACGUCUUCGCAUAGUUUAAGGGAUGAAGAAGAAAAGGCAAAACGUGAUGAGGAGUUGAAGAACAACAAGGGUUCUUCUUCUUCUUCUUCUUCUUCUUCUUCUUGGAUUGAUUUGUAUUUGCCUGAAAAGAUUCGGCCCUAUGCACAUCUUGCUCGGCUGGAUAAGCCUAUUGGGACUUGGUUACUAGCCUGGCCAUGUAUGUGGUCAAUCACAUUAGCAGCCUCCCCUGGAAACCUUCCUGAUAUGAAGAUGUUGACACUAUUUGGUUGUGGAGCUUUUCUAUUAAGGGGUGCUGGAUGUACUAUCAAUGAUCUGCUUGACCGAGAUAUUGAUACAAAGGUGGAACGGACAAAGUCAAGGCCAAUUGCAAGUGGUGCAUUAACACCAUUUCAAGGGGUUUCUUUUCUUGGUUUUCAAUUGCUUUUGGGUCUUGGUAUCCUUCUCCAGCUUAACAACUAUAGCCGCAUAUUGGGUGCUUCAUCAUUGCUACUUGUCUUUUCGUAUCCCCUUAUGAAAAGGAUUACAUUUUGGCCUCAAGCAUAUCUUGGUUUAACUUUUAAUUGGGGAGCCUUAUUAGGAUGGUCUGCCAUUAGAGGAAGCCUAGAUCCUGCUGUUGUUUUGCCACUGUAUCUUUCUGGUGUGUUUUGGACACUUGUCUACGAUACAAUAUACGCCCAUCAGGAUAAAGAAGAUGAUAAGUUAGUGGGAGUUAAGUCUACAGCCUUGAGAUUUGGGGAUUCCACAAAGAAAUGGGUAACUGGAUUUGGAGUUGCUUGCAUUUGUAGCCUUGCACUCAGUGGCUUCAACGCAAAUCUUGGAUGGCCAUAUUAUGUGUUUUUGACAGGGGCAUCAGGCCAGUUAGCAUGGCAAAUUUGGACAGUAGACACAUCAUCUGGAGCCGAUUGCAGUAGAAAAUUUGUGUCAAACAAGUGGUUUGGAGCUAUUGUGUUUGGUGGCAUUCUGGUGGGCAGAUUAUCGUCAUAAUGAUAAUGUUCUUUUGAGCUUCUUAUGGCGAAAGAUUUUUGAAAAUAUUUGUUAUUUAUAGGCCAAUUUAUAUUAGAAACAUUCAAAGUAAACUGUAACAGUGAAACCACAUAUAAAAGAUGUGGAAUUUUCUGUUAGUUUGAAGGAACGACAAUGUAAUAGAGGAGUAUGGAUGAAAGGAAA